AUGGAGGGGAAGGAGGAGGACGUGCGGCUGGGCGCCAACAGGUACUCGGAGCGGCAGCCCAUCGGGACGGCGGCGCAGGGCGGCGGCGACGACAAGGACUACAAGGAGCCGCCCCCGGCUCCCCUAUUCGAGCCCGGGGAACUCAAGUCCUGGUCCUUCUACCGCGCGGGCAUCGCCGAGUUCAUCGCCACCUUCCUCUUCCUCUACGUCACCGUGCUCACCGUCAUGGGCGUCUCCAGGUCCCCCUCCAAGUGCGCCACCGUCGGCAUCCAGGGCAUCGCCUGGUCCUUCGGCGGCAUGAUCUUCGCGCUCGUCUACUGCACCGCCGGCAUCUCAGGAGGACACAUCAACCCAGCGGUGACUUUUGGGCUGUUCUUAGCCAGGAAGCUGUCCCUGACCAGGGCCAUCUUCUACAUAAUUAUGCAAUGCCUAGGGGCCAUCUGUGGAGCUGGAGUGGUGAAGGGCUUCCAGCAGGGUCUGUACAUGGGCAACGGUGGCGGCGCCAAUGUAGUCGCCAGUGGCUACACCAAGGGCGAUGGCCUUGGCGCUGAGAUCAUUGGCACCUUCGUCUUGGUCUACACCGUUUUCUCUGCUACUGAUGCCAAGAGGAAUGCCAGAGACUCCCAUGUUCCUAUCCUGGCCCCUCUGCCGAUUGGGUUCGCGGUGUUCCUGGUCCACCUGGCCACCAUCCCCAUCACUGGCACCGGCAUCAACCCAGCGAGGAGCCUUGGCGCUGCCAUCAUCUACAACAGGGACCAUGCCUGGAAUGACCAUUGGAUCUUCUGGGUGGGCCCCUUCGUGGGCGCUGCCCUGGCGGCCGUGUACCACCAGGUGAUCAUCAGAGCAAUUCCCUUCAACAAGAGCAGGUCCUAA